AUGACUACUGCUACAAUGUCGACAGUUCUUAUUGCUUUCCUUAUUGCUGCUCUCUGUCAAUUAGGCACCAUGGGUGACGAAGAAAAAAAGCGUACACUUGAUUCAUUAUCUGGCUCGGAUUUUUUCAAAAAAAGUCUUGACAGUCUGUCUGGCAAUGAUUUUUUCAAACGUGAAGAUGAGAAACGAACACUCGAUUCCCUCGCCGGCUCGGAUUUCUUCAAAAAAAGUCUUGAUUCGUUAUCUGGCAAUGAUUUUUUCAAACGUGAAGAAGAAAAACGAACAUUAGAUUCCUUAUCCGGAUCAGAUUUCUUCAAGAAGAGCUUGGAUUCCUUGUCUGGCAAUGAUUUCUUCAAGAAGAGCUUGGAUUCAUUAAGUGGAAAUGAUUUCUUCAAAAAGAGCCUAGAUUCAUUGAACGGAAACGAUUUUUUUAAAAAGAGUUUGGAUUCGUUGUCAGGCAAUGAUUUCUUCAAACGUGGUGUCCGCCCAUUAGGAAUGCUUCGUUAUUCGGGACGACAUAUGCAUCGUCAUCAUUCCAAUGAUCAAAAUUAA